UCAUAGUACAGCGCUGUGACUGCAAUAGAAACACAAAGCGAGUGAUAAACUAAAUAACAGUAUAUCGUUGUUGUGAUUUGACUAUGUCCGGAAGGGGGAAAACCGGAGGAAAGGCCCGAGCCAAGGCCAAGUCUCGUUCUUCCCGAGCUGGACUUCAGUUUCCAGUGGGUCGUGUCCACAGACUGUUACGCAAAGGGAACUACGCGGAGCGGGUGGGCGCGGGGGCGCCGGUCUAUCUGGCCGCUGUGCUGGAAUACCUGACGGCUGAAAUUCUCGAGUUGGCCGGAAACGCAGCGCGAGACAACAAAAAGACCAGGAUCAUCCCCCGCCAUCUGCAGCUCGCCGUCCGCAACGACGAGGAGCUUAAUAAACUUUUAGGCGGUGUUACUAUCGCCCAGGGCGGAGUGUUGCCAAACAUCCAAGCUGUUCUGCUGCCCAAGAAAACCGAGAAACCAGCCAAGAGCAAGUGAUGACCAAGGACACUGACAUCACAUCACAGCUUCACACAGCGGUGCCACCAUCUUGUGUGUCUAUCACAUUAUUUUUUUGUUCUUCGCUUGCGUUGUGUUACUGUGUUAAGAAACUGAAUUAUGAUGUUUUUCGGAGAACUGCUUUGUGUCUACAUCGAGACUGAACACUAGCCACUUACAGGAUUUAGACGAGAGGCGGACAUCUUCAACCUGUCCGUGAACAAAGGUGUGGAGUGUGAGCGGAUUCAGAGGGAAAACACGGGCCUGAACAUUAUUAGCUUCUUAUCUGACGUAGUUUUAGAUUAAUAAUUGUUAUUUCAACUGCUUUUAAGCCGCAUAAUUAUUGAGUUGUUUAAUUGAAUAAAUGUUGAAAGCCUGGUAAAGGCACAAAGACA